UAUUAGUGCAGAACACUGUACCUUUAAUUUAAAUGCCCUUGGAGUCUGCUGGGGAAGAGAACUAAUACUGUCAGUCAGUAUGACAUUGCAGAUGAGUGCCGUCGAUCUUAGAAUCACCGCACACUUCACUCAUUUGGGCAGUCACGGGGCCAAAACCAGAGUGUGGAGCCACAGUGUGGUGGUGGAGGCAGCAGCAAUGGGGAGGCCAUACAGCACCCUAUGACAAAAAUGGAACCCACCAGCAGUGUGAGGAGACCUGAAAGUGGCACAUGGCAGAGUGUGGCGAUGGAGACAGCAGCAAUGGGAGGCCGUACAGGGACCCAUGACACACUCUGGACCUGGCAGCAGCAUGGGAGAGGCGGGUACAGGGCCCAUGACAGAUUACGGGCCUGGCAGCAGCACAAUGGAGGCCGUAUAGGGACCCAUGACACACACUGGACCUGGCAGCAAGCAAGAGGAGGCGGUACAGGGGCCCAU